CUUUUUACCUUCUGAAAUUAUGAUUAAAAUCUGUUUCUCUCAAAGGAAAAAGGAAUCGAGUACAUGAAAAUAAUCAUCAACUCUAACUCCCAUAAAGCAAGACAUUUAAAAUAUGCUGCUGCAUACAAUCUUGGCAGAGCUUAUUUCGAAGGAUGUGGUGUUACGCAUUCAGAUAAAGAAGCUGAAAGGCUGUGGGUUAUUGCUGCAGACCAUGGGAAUCCAAAAGCAAGCGUAAAGGCUCAAACUACUCUGGGAAUGUUUUAUUCUACAUCAAAUCCAAAAGAUCUGAAAAAGGUAAUGCCAAUUUCUGCCUUGUCCUUAUCAUGGUAUUAUGUCCAGAUCCAUUUUUGGAUCUGUAAAAAGUUCUAGAAAGAACUUUGUAGCUUUUUUAUAUGCCCUAAUACUGUAGACUUUUUUACCUAUUUAGGCCCAC